AUGCAGGUGUGUCAUUUCCAGCAUCUCUUGCGGCAGUUCGAUAAGAACGAGCCUGGCCGUUUCCUGGGCGAGGGGGUGUCGUUCCGCGCGAAACUGAUCGGGGUGCUGGAAGUCCCUGAGGCGCGGGGGGACAGGAUGUGUCAGGAAGCGCUGGCAGACCUCAAAAUGGCUAUACGCGCCGCUGGAGAACACAAGCAACGGAUACAAGUUCAUGUAGCGAUUGACGGACUUAGGCUCAGGGAUGAUAAGACUGGGGAUUCCCUGUAUCAUCACCCGGUGCACAAGAUCUCGUUUAUCGCUCAGGACAUGACCGACUCCAGAGCGUUCGGAUAUAUAUUCGGUUCACCUGACACCGGACACCGGUUUUUUGGAAUCAAGACUGAUAAAGCUGCUAGUCAAGUAGUAAUAGCGAUGAGAGAUUUAUUUCAAGUGGUGUUUGAACUCAAGAAAAAAGAAGUUGAGAUGGCCAAGCAACAGCUCGAAGGCAAGACGGUUACCAGCAGUCUCAUCAGGCACGCGACCAAUGCAUCUACUGAAAGUAAAAUUAAGAGUAUAACGUCAACGGGAGAGACCAGUACAACAACUUCGAAGAGUGUGGACACAGGCGCUGAGGGUGGAGUGGCAGAACUGGUUGACUUAGAACAAGAACUCAGUUCGCUUCGUAGGGGCCUCACACAAGUGGAGGGACUUACACCAUCUACAGAUCCCUUUGGCGAUUCCUUCACCGCGUUACCAGCUACACAGAAAGGUCUCCUGCCUCCGCCGCCAUCCGGCUCUUCAACCCGAGGCCGAAGUGCUCCGGUCACCUCUGCGCGUCCGGUAUUCUUAAGCCCUGGAAAGGGCCCACCGCCACUACCUUUCGACCUGACCGCCGUUGCAGCUGAAUUCGAACCCACGCCAGCUCUCGUUGACAAUCUUACCGAUAAUACAGUUAGUAUGGACGUGAGCCAGCCCAGCUCGUCCACGACGCAGUCGCUCAGUUACGACGUAUUCACCGAACUAGACCCCCUCGGCACCGGCCGGAGUAAACCUUACGUUGACAAAAAACUCUUCUUUCAGGAGCUCAAAAAUCCUCCAAAGAAAGUGCUCAAAGACCUGGUGUCGACCACACAGAGUCUUAUAUCAGACAUAUUGCCUGUCUCUGAUAGUAAGAUCGAACAUUAUGGGCCAGCGACGACAAUGACGUCACUGUCGAGACACUCGGGCGGAUCGGUGGCGAUCGUCAAGCCACCGCAGAAUACCAUGUUCAGUUCCAACUUUUUCUCAUCAGAUCCUUUUGCGGAAACGGAUCCUUUCGAUAACACAGAUCCUUUCUCGGAUUCGAUCAAGGAUGAUCCGUUUACGAGCAUGCAGGAGUUUCCAAAGUCGAGUGUACUGCGCAUGGACGAGGCCAAGAGUAAACUGACCCGGGAAACGAAGUCGGAUGAACCCAAACCGCUGGACAGUGGGAAAAACGUGUUUAACGGACCUCUGCAAGUGACUCUGCCGCCAGAACCUACACCAAAAUCACCUAGAUUGCCAAGACAGAACACAGACGGUAUAUCCGUACGCCAACGUCCGGUUGCCAGUAAUAAGUUGUUGGAGAAUGCUUCGCCGCCCCCGCCACUGCCGCCGAAGAAGGACACAUUGGCGCGCCCCCCGCCCCGCCCGCCGCAGGAACAUGAAGACGAUGCUCCGCCCUUGCCUAAGCCUGCUAUGAGGAGGGAACCUACUGCAGACCGCAGUAUCAAGCCCCGCCUCUUAUCAGCGGCGACCAAUAGCAGCGAAGACGAAUACUUGACGCCGGCACCGCCCCCCUUGCCAACUGCACGACGCUUCGACAUCACUCUUAGCCAGCUAUUGACUUGCACCAUGGAUGAACUUGCGCAUAGACUCCGUGUUCCUGCCGCAACCUUGUCUUCAAUGACGCUACCUCAACUCACCGACUACCUCCGAUCGUAUUUAGCAGCGGAUAAUGAUAGAGCGCAUAUCCACGUCGAAUCAACGCGAGCAGACAAAGAAAAACCAUUAACUUCACUAUCCGGUUUAUCGACACCAAACACAACACUAGAAAAAAAAAUCCCCCCGCCUGCAGCCGCCAUUAUCAACGACUUCAAACCACAGUUCGAAGAUAACUUUGCGCCAACAUCGGAAAUCAGCGACAGUUUUGUUGCAAAUUUUGAUGAUUUCGACAAAAAAGCUAAUCCGUCUUACGACAGGUACGCCGCCUUCAGAGAAAUACAAGAAGAAGAACUAAAAGCUAAAUCAAUUUUAGACCCUAUUGACAUGUUGGAAGCUGAACCAAAACAGGAUUCGGAUGAAAAGGAAUUGACUGCUAUUGACAACCUUAUGCGGGCGAACCAAGAACGAGAAUCUGAAAACAAGGAACUCGCUCGAAGUCCUUUGAAAACUUUAGACGAGUUGACUUUAGAUUCCUUUAAUAUGUUUAGAAAUUCUGUCAGCCCAAAACCUUCUCAGAUAGAUGCUAAGAUCGAAGAUAUAAAGUCUGUGAUGAAAACUCUGCAGAUAGAGAAGAUGAGACGAAGUGUCUCACCGAGAGACAACGGACAUGUGGAAGCAAAGUUGGAAGAUACUAAUGAUAGAUAUGCCGCCCUCCGUGAAAUUACCAUUACCGAACCAUCACAAGACGAAUUUGAAUCUAUACCUCCCGAAAUACCUAAAGAGAGGAAAAAAUCUGAUGAGAAAUCGGAUGGAUUUGAUAAUUCCGAUUUCUUCGACUGCAUCGAUAAUAGUUCACUAUCUUUUACACACGUAGAAGACGCAUUCAGAAAGAGUCCUAUAGUAAAAGAAAGAGAAGAAGAGAAAAUUAUUCCUACGCAUGUUCCAGUCCUUGAGAAGAAGGAGACUCCUGUAGAGCUAACGCCAGUGCCAGCGAGGGAUCUACAACCGCCUCCAGCGAGAUUGUCCACUGGCUCUAUAAGUGAUGUUGUCAGUGGCUCUUCGCCCGAUACCAAAGAGAAGUGCGUAGGGGUGGUAGGCGCGGGGCGCUGGGCCGUGCUGGGCGGGCUGGCGGCGUCGGGCGGCUCGUCCGACUCGCGCGACUCCGAGCCGCGCACGCGCCCGCGCCGCGCGCGCCACCACGACCCGCCCGCGCGCGCACGCGCACCCAUCGUACAAACAUCAUCAUCUUCUCGUGACGUAUCGCCGUGGGAAGAAGAAUUGCCUCCUGUCACCCGUCUGCAGAGACCACCUUCACAUCGCGAUAGAGACUCUAGACACAAUUCUUCCGGUUCGAGAGAAUGCCUAGAUAGCGGUAGCGGGCGAGAAAAAGAAAAACUAAGAGACAAACGAGAAAUGCGAGACCGAGAUAGAGAUAUAAACCGAGAUGGACGAGAAUCAGUUAGAGACCGAAGGGAUUCCGGCAGCGGGCGGGAUCGGCGUGACGUCAGCAAGGAACGAGAUCACAGGGACCAUAGAGAUAGAAGAGACAGGAGAAGUAGAGAUAGGGAGAAUGACUCUUGGGAUAGAGACAGAACGUAUAGUAGAGAAAGAGAUUAUAGAGAUUCAAGAAGUAGAGAAAGACUGCCUAAAGAUUAUAGGGAAAAAGACAGAGAUAGACAUAGAAAACCGAGACAUUCUUACGAUGAAGAGGAAGAUUACAGUGACGGCUGUGGGUCCGGUCGAUCGUCUCCCCGAGAUCGGUGGCAGGAUCAACGGUGGAGAAGAGAUGAAAGAAAUUAUGGUUCUCUUGGUUGGCGAGAAACCCGACGUAGGGCUGAAAUGAGACAAAGUGAAGAUUCUGGCGAUAGAAGGUACGGUUCCACUCUAGGCUGGUCAUCUCGGAGGGCGAACACUACCGUUAGACGCGAGAAUUCUCGCGAACGAGAGCGGGACGUGACGCGCGACGCCAGGCGGAGGCCGAGGCGAGAGGAGCCUCGGAGACCUCGCGACUAUCGCUUCUCGAACGACUUUUCGCCGAGAGAGCGGGAACAUACCUCGCCGUUCGAUAACGACUUCCACGAUACUCCGACACCGACAGGGAAGAAACGAACCACAUAUUCCAGUUUGGAAGGGACCAGGUUCGCGUUCGAGCCGGAGGAGGUGGCGGCGUCGCCCGCGUCGGUGGCGUCGGUGGCGAGCAGCGCGCGCGAGGCGUCGGGCGCGCGCUUCCGCUUCGACUCUGAGUCCAUGUCGCCGCGCUCCAUGUUCGAGGACGACUUCAGCAACCCUGCCCCUCCGCGGCCCCGCACCGCUUCCAUCGCCGAGGAGGAGGAGGGAGAGGUGCCCCCGCUGAGGGCGAGGCCCCCGGUCUCCGCCGGUUCCUCUCGCGAUAUCAGAAAGUCGGAUUCGGUGAAUAUUUUUACGAGAGAAUCGGACCCGUUCGAAGGAGACGCCUUCUUCGCCUGCACGGGCUCCGAUCGGGCGGCCCGAAGAGAGAACUGGCCGGGAGACUUCCAGGGCUUCGACAAUGCGUGA